CACACACAACCAGAGGCUGGGAGGGAGGACGCCCCGAGAGCGAGAGCGACGGCGGGGAGGGAGGAGGGCGAGCGCCCGAGCUGGGCCGGAGGGAGCCGGCUCGCGAGCCAGCCAGUCAGCCAGCCGGGCGCACCGCACCACGCCGCGCCGCACCGCAGCGCACCGGCCCGGAGGGCGCCGAGGGGGGCCGGGGAAACUUGGGGCCGCCAGGGGGUCGGCGGCCGCGGCUCGGGGGCCAGCCGCCCCCCCCCCGGCGGGCGCCAUGCGGCCCUGGGGCCGGGGCUUCGGGGCCCCCCGAGCUCGGGGCAGCGGGCGCCUUUGAGCAGCCAGCCGCCGGCGGCCCUGGGGAAGAGGCUGAGUGCCCUGGCUAGAGAGCGGGCGGAGGCGCGCAGGAGGCGGAGGCGGAGGCGGGCGGGGGCGGGAAUGGCCCGGCGCCCAGGGGCGCGGGGCUCAAGCGGGCAGUAGGCAGCCGCCACCGCGGGCCGCGGCUGUCCCUCCCUCCCGCCCUCUUCUCCCCCUUCCCCUCCCCCUUCCCCCAGCCCCUGAGCGCGGGGGGGAGCGGGGGGAGGGGAGGGGAGGGGUGGAAGCGGAGCCCAGAGCCCAGAGCCCGAGCAGCCUGAGCCCGAGGCGCGGCCGCGGCCGCCGCUGAGCGAGCUGUCCCUGUCUCUGGGCGGGCGGCAAGGCGGGCGGGCGGACUGCUCGCGCCCCGGGCUCGGACCCCCUCCCUGCGCGGCCCCCGGGCCCGGCGGGCUCCGAGGGAGCGCGAGCGGCCGCGGCCGCCCCUGCCCCUGCCCCUGCUGCCGCCGCUGCCCUCCGGGGGGUGGCCCGGCCCGCGCAGUCCAUGCGAUUCGGGAUUAAAGUUUGCGCUCGGCGCAGGAGUCCCCAAGAUGCCGUUCCACCCGGUGACCGCGGCGUUGAUGUACCGGGGCAUCUACACCGUGCCCAACAUCCUGUCCGAGCAGCGGCCCGUGGAGAUCCCCGAGGACGAGCUGGAGGAGAUCCGCGAGGCCUUCAAAGUGUUUGACAGAGACGGGAAUGGCUUCAUCUCCAAGCAGGAGCUGGGCACUGCCAUGCGCUCCCUGGGCUACAUGCCCAACGAGGUGGAGCUGGAGGUCAUCAUCCAGCGGCUGGACAUGGACGGAGACGGCCAAGUGGACUUCGAAGAGUUUGUGACCUUACUGGGGCCCAAGCUGUCCACCUCGGGGAUCCCUGAGAAGUUCCAUGGGACCGACUUUGACACCGUGUUCUGGAAGUGUGACAUGCAGAAGCUGACAGUGGAUGAGCUGAAGCGGCUGCUCUACGACACCUUCUGCGAGCAUCUCUCCAUGAAGGACAUCGAAAACAUCAUCAUGACGGAGGAGGAGAGCCACCUGGGCACGCCCGAGGAGUGCCCCGUCGAUGUGGAGACCUGCUCCAACCAGCAGAUCCGCCAGACGUGCGUCCGCAAGAGCCUCAUCUGCGCCUUCGCCAUUGCCUUCAUCAUAAGCGUCAUGCUGAUCGCGGCCAACCAGGUCCUGCGCAGCGGCAUGAAGUAGCUGACGGCGGGGGGCUGGGAGGCUGGGCCGCCGGCCCCGCCCCGCCCCCCAUCGAGCCGCGGCCGGGGUCCCACCCCCCACCGAGCUGCACCCGGGCCCCGCCCCCCCCCCGGGAGAAGCGCUGGGGGCUGCCCGGGGUCUCGGCCGGUGGAGCAUGAGGCCCCCGUGCAUGGCUGUGGUGCCCGGCGCAUGUCCGUGCAUGGGGGCCCUCCCCGGUGUAACUCCGAGUGACGCGACCCUGUGUGCCAUAGGAUAUACUCUUCGUACAAUAUAAUCUCUCUGUAUCUAUCUAUCUACGAUAAAAACACCAAAACCAUCGGUGAAGCAAUACUCCCCCUCCCCCCGUAACCCGUGGGCCCUGCAUGGACCAGGGAUGCGGGCCAGAGGCAGCCCCUGGCCCUGGGACAGAGAGCCGGCCCCUCCCAGGUCCCCCUGGGACCCCGGGGAGGGCCGAGGUGUGCACGGUGGGGGGCCGCCCGGAAGCCAGCCCCCUCCUCCUUGCACCAGGGCAGAGGGCGAGCCCUCGAGGCUGGGGGAUUCUGGGAGAGGACCCCGCGCCUGCACCCACCCCCUUCCCUGUCUCGUCCCUGCUCCCCUCUUCCCUCCGUCUGUUUCCUGGUGUGAUUGCUGGUUCUCUAGCCUGUAUGUAGCAUCACCUUGUUCCUGUCUGUUUGGGGGUGUUCAAUCUCAAUAAAGAUGGAAUUUAUAUAUGG